ACAGGGGGUUCUAGAAGCAGCAAGGAGUUGGACUCUGCCUCUUCCUCCUUUCCUCUCUUCACCGGAGGGAGGAGGGCCGGAGGCCCGCACCGCAUGCAGUCUUCUACUCCUCCGCCCUUGGGUUCCCCAUCCUCUCCCCUGCUCUCUCCUCGGCAAGGAGAGAACCGGAGCGAGCCAUGGAAAGCUGCUUCCCCUGCCUCGGGGGCGCCAAGAAGAAGAGGCCGCCGGAGAAGCCUCAGAUCCCAUCCUCCUCAGAGAAACCCAACCUGGGGCCAUCGCCCAGUGUGAUGAAGCAGGACUCGUUGGAGGUGAACAAGGACGCUGCAAAUAAGGACAUCGUCUUGAGCAAUGGAUCUGACCAUCACCAAAUCGCUGCGCAGACCUUCACUUUCAGGGACCUCGCGGUGGCCACAAGGAACUUCAGACCUGAUUGCCUUCUUGGUGGGGGUGGAUUUGGCCGAGUGUAUAAAGGCUAUCUGAACUGUGUCAACCAGGUUGUUGCUAUAAAGCAGCUUGACCGUAACGGAUUACAAGGCAACAGGGAGUUUCUUGUAGAAGUUCUGAUGCUAAGCUUGCUGCAUCACCCAAAUCUUGUCAGCCUUAUUGGCUACUGUGCCGAUGGCGAUCAGAGGCUCUUGGUUUAUGAAUAUAUGCCUCUAGGUUCUCUUGAGGAUCACCUUCAUGAUCCUUCCCCAGAUAAGGCGCAGCUUGAUUGGAAUACAAGGAUGAAGAUAGCUGCUGGUGCAGCGAAAGGUCUAGAGUAUUUACAUGACAAAGCCAGUCCUCCUGUCAUAUACCGUGACUUGAAAUGUUCGAACAUCUUGCUUGGAGAGGGUUAUCACCCAAAGCUUUCUGAUUUUGGAUUGGCAAAGCUUGGUCCAGUCGGUGAUAAAACUCAUGUUUCCACAAGAGUGAUGGGGACAUAUGGGUAUUGUGCCCCUGAGUAUGCUAUGACCGGACAGUUGACCCUAAAGUCAGACAUUUAUAGUUUUGGACAUGUUUCCUUCAAAGUGUUCGAGUCAGAGGAAGCAACUGGACUAAUCUGCUCACAGAUAUUUUUUGAUUUACUAUCUCCAAGUCUUUCCUUCUGGACCACACUGCUCCCAGUAAAAGCAUUUCCAUUACUAAUAUUUCCCUCGGCAACUUCCGUUAGUGGCUCAGAAGCUUCAGUUGAUGAACCUUGUUUAUUAGAGUCAUACUUCUUGCCUAAAGUAUCUAUACUACCUGAGCGAAGGAGAUGAGUCUGACUGAUUAUUCUCAAUGGAUAUUCACCUUUAAAAAUAUUACCUUGAGCAAAGUUUCCACUUCCACUCUCAUUUUCUGAUGAACCCUGGCAUACUUCUUCCGAUGAGAUAUCUGCAUUGCCCUUGCCUGAGUUAUCAACACCAUUCUCAUUUCUGGAACAGACAAACUGAUCGAUAUGGUUGUCAGAAUACAUGGACAUUUUAUUUCUGACUAGAACGCAAUUUUCUGUUGGCAAUUUUUCCCCAUCACCAUUCUUAGAUCCAUGGAUGCCAUCAUUACCAUUAUCAUUUACAACUUCCGAGGCAUCUUCUCUAUCUUGACCCAAACGAUCACUUAGAGUUGGUGCCUCUAUGUCUAUGAAUUGCCCACUCUUGCUCUUUUCCGUAAAGUACUCCAGGUUCAUAUCUGUUGAAACCAUUGCACCAUCUCCUACAUCAGUCGACAAAUUAUACAGGUCUUCAGGGUCUAAAGAUCCAAGUGCCUUUGAGAUAUUAAUUAUGCAACUAAGGACUUCAGAAAAGCAUACGCUGAUAGAAACUUCAUCCUCAACAAUUGAUCUUUCAAGAAUUCGGGCACCAUUCAACUCGUCCUCUAAUAGCUUGAGGUGUGCAUUUAAAUCGCUUUGGUCAUCACGAAGUGCCAUCUCGUCUUGUAACUCAUCCAAUUUAUUCUUGAGGUUCUCAUUCUCUUGUUUCAGUUGAUUGAUUUGUGCUGACUGUUUUGGGAACUUGAGCUCCAAGCUGACAACUUUAUCAACAAGUUCAUCAAC